AUGGACAAAUUGUUUACUCCCGUCAAAGUUGGUAGCAUAACAAUAAAGAACAGGUUCAUGCGCUCUCCAGUUUUCAUGAAUGGCUGCGAUGCAGAUGGAAUUCCGAAACAAUCUUUGCUAAAUUACUACAAAGAUAUGGCUGAUGGUGGCAUGGGCCUUAUAAUUCCAGAAUACCUUUACCUUCAAAGAAGUGGACGUGCUUGUGAGGGCCAAGGCGGCAUGGAGAAUGAAAAACAAGCGGAGGCUUGGAGAUCAACUGUGGAAUACAUUCACAGGGUUGGUGCCAAAACAUUAUUCCAAGUUUGCGAUGCUGGCUUAUAUACAAACUUUAAGUUCACAGGUGAACAACCACGUGGACCUUCAAAAUUCCAGGAAGGUUCAAGAGAAAUGACUCUUAUGGAGAUUUCCGAAGUAAUUGAUAAUUAUAGGAAAUGUGCAAAACGUCUUCAAGAGGUUGGUGUAGAUGGAAUAAAACUUCAUGGUGCUCAUGGAUAUUUGAUAUCUAGUUUCUUAUCACCGAUAACAAAUCACAGAGAAGAUCAAUACGGUGGCAGCCCAGAAAACAGGAGAAGGAUUCUUGUAGAAAUUGUUGAUGCAAUCAGGAAAGAAACAGGUAAAGAAUUUGUAAUUGGAAUCAAGAUCAAUGGAGAUGACUGUAAACAAGGAAAUCCUGGCGUAAUGCCAAAAGAUUUGGCCGCAACAAUGGCUGCAAUUCCAGAGAUGGACUUAUGGGAAGUUUCAUGUGGUUUCCAGGAAUCUUCAACUACAUUAAGAUCGACAAACAUAUUUAUGCGUCGUAAGGACUUUCCGUUGAAAGAAGGCUAUAACAUUCCAACUCUUCCUGUUGUGAGAUCCUCAACAAAGGCUGCCAUUGCAGUUGUUGGUGGAAUAAGAAAAGCAGAGACAAUGAUCAAGGCACUAAACGAAGGUGCAGAUCUUAUCUCUCUUGGACGUCCAACAAUUGCUGAUACUCAUGUUGUCCAACACUUUCGUGAAGGUAAAAAGAUGAAAUGUAUCUCAUGUGGUCAGUGCAUCAUGAAAGAUGAACAUGGCGUUAAAUGCUGGAUAUAA